AUGACGAGCCUCGCCAGUAAAGUGUUCUGCAGGGUUGAGAGGCUGUGUCACCACCUCCCCGUGGUCCUCAACACCUUCCUGGUCUUCUCCAUCACCGGGGAGGUGAGCUACCUGGUGCUGGUCGAGGCUCCGCUGGAGGCAGACCAGAAGAAGACGGCGUGGUCCGCCUGGUGGAAAGCGGCCCACCUGCUGGCCCAGUACUUCAUGCUGGUCAACAUCUGCUGGAACGCUCUGCUCUUUGUCAGAACCAGCCCCAGCAUCAAGGGGGUGUUCCUGGGGGGAGAGGGCAUGGGCCAGGGGUGGAGGUACUGUUAUACAUGCGAGACACACACUCCUCCUCGGUGCUCCCACUGCUAUGACUGCAACGUGUGCGUGCUGCGGCGGGAUCACCACUGCGUCUUCUUUGGCCGUUGUGUGGGUUUCCGUAACUACCGCUACUUUGUGAGCUGCUUGUUAUUUAUGUGGUCUGGUCUCCUGUACGCCACUAUGAUGAACGCGGAGGUCUUCAUCGUCAUAUUGAAGGAGGGUUUGACUCUGCACAGUGUCCUUCUGCUGCUCAUACCCUGGAUCAUGCUAGUUUCAGGCCAGGUCUCAGCGCGUGCCUUUGCCUUCGCCUUCAUCGCUGACACAUGCGUGGUGGGACUCCUUCUGGUGUCCGCCUUCUUCUUCUUCCAUCUCUUCCUGAUGUUUCGGGGCCAGACCACCAGGGAGUGGUACUCGUCCCGCCGGCCCUACAGCCUCGGGCUCCUGGGCAACCUGCGUCACACUCUGGGGCUUCGCUGGUACCUCUGCUGGCUCUGCCCACUCAUCCCAUCACCUCUACCUGGAGAUGGGAUAAACUUCCUGGUCACCGGAUCGCUGGAACCCAUCCGGUAACAGCUGAAAGUCUGAAUUUUAACGGGCCGGGUGUCUUUGCGUUCGUGAUGGUUAAUGUUAUCGGGAGCAUCAGCAGGGAAGAUCACCUCAGGUCAAGAAGAGGAAGCUUACGAUGGGAAGAUGCAAGGACAGUAUGUGGUUGUUUAAGAUGUUACUAGGUAUGAGAGUAGGUGUAACUGUUUACCAGUAUCUCCUUUAGCCUCUGAGACAAAGAAACGAUGGGUCUACUCAGAAAUGUACCUUGACGUAAAGGUAAUCUAUACGCUCAUUGAGGCUGGCCUCAGGGUAUUAACACAGAAAUCAGCAGAGUUCCUCUGGAAUACUGUGCACUGAAAACGUGUGUACACAACACUGAAAUUAGAAUGUAUUUUAAUGAUUGGAAAAAUGUAUAAUUUUCUCUACUGCUGUUUAGUCAUCCUCUUGGGAUCGGUGAUGGUAACUACUUUCUCAUACUGUUUAUUUUGCCUAAAUCUGACGGUCAUACAAAUUUGGCUUGCACUGUUUCUGAAUAGACCGUGGGGUGUAAAAAAAUACCGCCUGCUAUCUGCCGUUGUGCAUUAGCCGCUGGGAUCAUGAUGUGCUUUCCACUUGUCUACAUCUACUCCUGAUCUCCAGCUGAGUUUAUUGCACUGAGCUUUUUAUUGAAGGAUUAAAGGAACUAUAAAUGGUGUGAAAUCUAGUGUUGUAUUUUACAGACUAAUGUUAAAUCAUUUAGUGAACACACUAUUUCAAAUCGUUCUUUCCCCAUGUCUCACAUUAUGUUAUUUCAGUCAGUGAGGGACCUACUACAAAGCAAACCAAACCUAGCGUGCAGUGUAACAACAUGUCCCAAUUCCCUACUACAUACUAAUUGUACAGUAUAUACUGUAUACUAAUCUUUAGAGUAUUGUGUUUUAAUAGUUAGUAUACAGGAAAUCAAUAUGCUUUUAUACAAUACUUAACGCUGUCAGACGUCAAUCAGACUGUGACUUUAGAAUGUCACUGUCAACUAAACCCAACAAAGAGAAUGUGGUAUGGAUUUGGGAUGAACUGGACUUCUGUUACCUCCAUUACAAUCCUUUUUUUCCUCUCUUUUGUAAUGAUUCUCCUGGCCUUAAAAUCUAGUGAAUAUAUUUACAUUACAGCCAAAGUUUGUAAGUAUUUUAAAUUGUUUGCUAAAUAUACAUGUCUACUUCAUUUCUUGAUUUUUGUUUGCUAUUUAAAAUGGGUCAUUUGGUUUGCCAUUUGAAAGUGCUUCAAUAAAUUGUGUCAAGGGGAAGAAAUGUUUUAUCUAUUUCUAUUAAAAUUGUUGUGGGACAA